CUUCCCCAGUCGUCCAGCCUCAUUUUCAAAUCUCACAAGAAAAUGGAAGGCACAGUGAAAUGUUCGGCAAACUUUGUGCCAUUAAGUCCCAUAAGCUUCAUCGAAAGAUCAGCAAAGGUGUAUAGUGAUAAGAUCUCUAUUGUUCAUGGAAAUGUCAAGUUUACUUGGAGACAGACCCGUGAUCGGUGUCUCCGACUUGCUUCCGCUCUUACCCACCUCGGAAUUUCUCGUGGUGAUGUGGUUUCUGCCUUGGCUCCAAAUAUUCCUGCAAUGUAUGAGCUACACUUUGGAGUACCAAUGGCUGGGGCAGUUCUGUGUGCACUUAAUACACGUCAUGAUUCAGCAAUGGUUUCUGUGUUACUUAAACAUUCAGAGGCCAAAAUCAUAUUUGUAGAUUACCAGUUGCUCGAUGUUGCUAAGGGUGCAUUAGAAAUUCUGUCCAAGGCAAGUGACAAGUUGCCCCAUCUAAUUCUGAUAUCUGACAGAGAGAGGCAGUUAUCCAGUCAGAAUAAUAGCAGGAGCUUGGCUUCAGAGUAUCUGGAGUACGAGUCCUUUCUAGCUAACGGAGAACCUAAUUUUGAGAUAGUAUGGCCAAAUAAUGAAUGGGAUGCUAUUGCGCUCAAUUAUACAUCAGGAACAACAUCAAGACCUAAAGGGGUCAUUUAUAGUCACAGAGGGGCGUAUCUUAAUUCGCUGGCUUCAGUUCUUCUUGCUGAAAUGGCUUCAAUGCCGGUCUAUUUAUGGACUCUUCCCAUGUUUCAUUGCAACGGAUGGUGUCUUACUUGGGCUAUGGCAGCACAGGGUGGCACGAACAUUUGCCUGAGAAAUGUCACUGCAGAAGGGAUUUUCAACAGCAUAGUUGAGCAUCAAGUGACUUACUUAGCUGGAGCACCUACGGUUUUGAACACUAUAAUAAAUGCAUCACCAAGUGUCCAAAGACCACUUCCGAGGACCGUAAACGUGCUCACAGCUGCUGCACCUCCUCCUCCUCAAGUACUACUUAAGAUGAUGGAGCUUGGUUUCAAUGUAACUCACGGAUAUGGCCUAACGGAAACCUAUGGUCCAGCAAGUGUUUGCUCUUGGAAACCAGAGUGGAACUCUCUGUCACCUGAUGAGCAGGCUAAGAUUCAAGCUCGUCAAGGAGUGAACCAUCUUGUAUUGGAGGAAGUAGAUGUAAAGGAUCCUGAAUCAAUGAAGAGUGUACCCCCAGAUGCAAAAACAAUGGGUGAGGUGAUGAUUAGAGGAAACACUGUAAUGAAUGGUUACUUAAAGGAUGUCAAUGCAACAAAAGAUGCUUUUAAAGGGGGCUGGUUUCGAAGCGGGGACUUAGCAGUGAAGCAUCCUGAUGGUUACAUAGAGUUAAAGGAUCGUUUGAAGGAUAUCAUUAUAUCUGGUGGAGAAAACAUUAGUACAAUCGAAGUGGAGUCUGUAAUCUUUAGCCAUCCAGCUGUUCUUGAAGCGGCUGUUGUAGGAAGACCAGAUGAUCACUGGGGUGAGACACCUUGUGCAUUUGUUAAACUGAAGGAUGGAUACAAUGCCAGUGCCAAUGAGAUUAUCAAACAUUGCCGUGAUCGUUUGCCACGUUACAUGACUCCUAAGACAGUAAUUUUCGAUGAUUUGCCAAAAACCUCAACAGGGAAGACACAAAAAUUUGUUCUGAGACAGAGAGCCAAAGCUAUGGGAAGUGUUUCAAAAAUUAGCAAACUAUAACUCUAGGGUAGAAUGGAGCUUGCUCAGUGAAACACACUUUCCGUAUUUUGAAUAACCCUCUCUUCAUCCAAAUAGACUAGAAAAUGCUAGAUUACAAAUCCCACUUUAACCCAAUCUUGCAAGUUGCAAUCAAUGUCCUAUCACAUGAGACAUAUUUUGUAAUUUGGGUAUGUCAAGGUGCUAUCGGAAACAACCUCUCUACCUUCAUAAGGUGGUGAUAGGUCUGCGUACACACCAUCCUCUUCAAACCCCACUUAGGAAAUUACGAUGGAUAUGUUGUUGUUGUUGGUUAUCAAACAGUGUCAGUAUCCACUUUGUGUGUUGUGUCAAAUAUGCAUGAAUAUGUGUUAUUGAAUAGAAUGGUCAUUUAUACUCAAAA